GUGAGUGCCUGACAUACAGUCAAUGAAGAGCAAGGAAAUGGAGCUGGAUAUAAUAGAAAAUAAGGAUGGAAAACAAGGAAAUGACAAUGAGGCCUUUGAAUCAGAGGAACAGCAGCACAUAUGCACUGAUGUGGAAAUCUCAUCCGAAGGUAUAGACGAUGCGUCGGCAAAGAUGGGACAACACAACAAGAGCUUGCUGGAAAAGAAAGUGGAGGCACUCCAGGGCUAUAUGGCAAAGCACAAAGACCAGAUUCACCUGAUUAGCCAGCUAGUUUUAGCUGCUGGCUUUGUUGCCAUGGUGAUAGCGGCAUGUGUUGUGAACUUCCAUCGGGCUGUUGGGCUGCUGGUCAUCUCCUUGGUAACCAUUUUUUUCCUGGUCUGGGAUUGGAUGAUGGAACGAUAUGGUGAGCAAGUGUGGGAGGCUCUUGCUCCUAUCAGAGACCUUCUCAGCAGGAACUGGUGUGGGAUCAGAUGGAUAAUAUAUAUGUCAGUGCUCGUAGCCGUGGUGUGCUGGCUUGCUCUGGACACGGCCCAGCGGGGGACUAGACAGCUGGUAUCUUUCUUCGGCUUGCUGCUGUUCGUCUUCUUAACACUCCUGUUCUCCAAACACCCCUUCAGGUGGUCUUGGCAAACGCUGGUUUUUGGGACUGGGCUGCAGUUUAUCUUUGGCCUUCUCAUUCUCAGGACCACUUUUGGUUUAGGUGCACUGCGGUGGCUUGGAAACAAAGCAGAGGCGUUUAUGUCCUUCACAGAUACCGGAUCAAAGUUUGUGUUUGGUGAAAGUUACACGGACCACUUCCUUGCCUUUAAGGUGAUGCCAAUACUUGUAUUUUUAAGCUCUGUCAUCUCCAUGCUCUACUACAUUGGCUUCAUGGCCUGGCUCAUUUGUAAGAUUGGAUUCAUAAUGCAGGUUACCAUGGGAACAUCUCCAGCAGAAUCAAUGGCUGCAGCUGGAAAUAUAUUCCUUGGACUUGCCAACUCACCUCUCCUGAUUCGUCCAUAUAUCAGUGAGCUAACUCUCUCAGAGAUCCAUGCUGUGAUGACAGGAGGUUUUGCCAGCAUCUCUGGUACCAUUUUGGGAGCCUACAUCUCCUUUGGGGUUGAUGCAACGCACUUGUUGACAGCAACAGUAAUGUCUGCUCCAGCUUCCCUGGCCAUUGCUAAGAUGUUCUGGCCUGAAACUAUAGUUUCAAGGUCCAAUCGACCAGUCAAAAUGGACAAGGGUGAAAGCAAGAAUUUGUUGGAGGCGGCAUCCCUUGGUGCAUCUCGUGCAAUCGCACUAGUGGCCAGCGUUUUAGCCAACAUCAUUGCCUUCAUGGCCCUGCUGUCCUUUUUUGAUGCUGUCCUCUCCUGGCUGGGAGGGAUGUUCGACUGUCCACAGCUCAGCUUCUCACUCAUCUGCUCCUACGUGUUCAUGCCUCUCUCCUUCAUGAUGGGUGUUUCCUUUGAGGACAGUUUCAUUGUUGCUGAACUGAUGGGCAUUAAGACAUUCCUUAGUGAGUUUGUGGCCUUUCAGAAGCUGUCAGAGUUGAUAAACCGGAGGAAGGCAGGGGGGCCAGAAUAUGUGAACAAUGUGAAGCAAUACAUUUCUGUCCAUUCUGAAGCCAUUGCAACAUACGCUUUGUGUGGAUUUUCCAACAUUGCUUCACUGGGGAUGUCCAUUGGAGCGCUGUCUGCCAUGGCUCCAGACAGACGAUCUGAUUUCUCCAGCUGUGGCCUCAGAGCUCUGAUUGCAGGCAGCAUCUCUUGCUUCAUGACAGCUUGUAUCGCAGGUAUGUUGUACAUCCCUGAUUCUGAGUGCCCACAUUUGCUGAGUGUAGAGUUCAACAACACCAGCAUGACCAACAGCUCACAGAUGCACGCCUGCUGCACAGAGCUGUAUAACAGUGUGACAGUGUAUGAGCCAUGGAACGUGACAACAGGGGACGGAUUCAGUCAGAGCAGUCUGCUGGGCUGCUGCACGCUCACGCCGUCUGAACUUUUCAACUGCAGCCUUAUGCUGUAAAUCACACACUCCAGUGCUACAGAGAUGUGCUGUUUAUAGGUUAAAUCCUUUUUAGGGUGUUUUCCUUUUUUUAAGUUAAGUUUUCUUUCACAAAAAAAACUUAAAAAUGAAACAUGCCAAAAACGUCCUUUUACCCACACUUUUUGCAUUGUUUUAUAAUGAUAGUUUAAAAUAUAGUGGCUUUUUUGUCAUAUAUCCUUUUCUUACUUCUAUUACUAUAUAGUUUGAAAAUAAUACAUUUGCACUUUAAUAUUUCUUUUUUUCUUUUUUUUACUUUUAUUUUGUUUCUACGUUGUAGCAAUCAUUAUGUAAACAAUCAUUUCAAACUGCUCUGAUGUGAUUGAUAUUUUCUAUGUCUGUACAUGUGUUUCUAAAGCUUGUCAGUUUCUAAAUAGUGCAAAAAUCUCAUGGUACAAAAAACUAUAUCAGAGUCAUUUCCAGCACAAAAAUGAGAAAAACUUGCAAAACCUGCUUAAUUACAAGCUUGACAGAGAGGAUCUAACCUAUAACAACUUGAUCCUGCCUUGCCUGGAGUGGUGAACUUUUCAGUAAUGGCACACUGAUUAGCCACUAGAUGUCACUGGUGUCUUUUGGUUCCUGUUUAGCAACCUAAACGCUGGAUAUAUCAGGUCAUUAUGUAGGCACACUGGUUUGACUGGCAGAUUGUCCAAGAAUCUGGCUCAUUACAGCUUUACUGAAUUGCUAAAGCACUAAAUCCCACUCUGAGAGGCACAUGGUCAUAUUUAUUUUUUGUAAUGCUCUCUUAAUAAUACCUAUUUUCACAGUGAGAGACUUCCAAUGCCUUCCAAUUAAACACAAGUAAAACAACCAUCUCAGUACUUACACUCAGUUUCUCAAAACUGUUAAAACCAAUACAAUACAAUACAUAUAUGCACCCAUUUUCAGCAGAUUCUCUAUGGCUUCUAUAACCAGGACAUUGAGACCAGGAGACUCUUCUGUUCUCCCAACAACAACAGGUUCUCAUUAUUGACAAAGUCCUUUAAAAACACAUUUCUUGAACACAUAAACAUAGAUGCAAAAUUUGAAGGAAUCAGCGGGAAUUGGCAUGUUCCCAAGCAACACUUUGUCCUAUUUGAGCAGGAAACACGUCAAAGCCUGGUGUCUGGUCUCAAGGUGCACAAAGACUUGUAACUUUGGCUAACCAGGAAUGUUUAAAGUUACUGGAUUUUCAUUAAUUAACUCUGGAUCUUUUUUGCUGUAAUGUAUUUUUUCACUCUGUGCGUUCAAGAUUGCCUCUGGCAUUUGCAUACUGUAAACAUGUUUGCCUAUAUCUUUGUAAUAAAGUGCUUUUUAUUCAUUCA